UCGUACUCCAAAUUUUACGGCCAUUACUCUCUGAUCGAACUUUCUUUUCCACUGUCCUCUCUGAGUUAGGAUCGCCGUUCGCCGUUUUCUUCCUCCGACGGCCACAUCGAGCCAGCGCCUUCCCUCCCUUUGCUUUCUCUGCUCCCGAUUGCCGAACUGUCCAAUUUCUCCAACGAUUUUUCUCUCGUUUGAUCGAUUUCCAAGUCGCGGGGCUUUCCAGUUUCCAAUUGAAACAGGAUUUGCUUAUUAUUAUCGCUUAGAUGGGUUCAGACGUGGAGGCUGUGGAAAUUAGUAACUUGGAAAGGGGUCUAUUGUCUGAAUGCAAUUCUGAUUUGGAACCUGAAAUCGACGAUGAGCCCGUGUUGUUUGCAGCUUCCUUCCAAGAGAUGGAAGACAGCUUUGUUAAGUAUCAUACAGCACAAUGGGUCCUUUACUCCUUGCUUUUGAUUUUAGCGUGGGGGAUUGGGUUGUUGAUGCUGCUUUAUCUACCAAUAAGACGAUACGUUUUGCGGAAAGAUAUUCAAUCGAAAAAGCUUUAUCUUACACCAAAUUCUAUAAUCUACAAGGUUACAAGACCUGUACCUUUUCCAUGUUUUGGAGUACUGAAGAAAGAGAAGCAUGUUUUGUUGCCUUCAGUGGCAGACAUUAUAGUUGAACAAGGAUAUCUACAGUCUCUCUAUGGAGUUUACUCUCUUAGGAUAGAGAAUGCUGGCCUGAGAAGACCACCUGGUGAUGACGUUCAAAUUCAAGGAGUUACAGACCCAAUUGCAUUUAAAAAGGCUGUUCUAAUGCGUCUCUCUGAUAUGAGGAAUGAUGGCAAUGAAGAAGUUCCAAAUACAAGGGCGGCAUCUCCAUCGAAAUCUCUAAAGUAUGACCCGUACUUCUAUUCGGGGGAACGAGUACUUCAGAAAGUAGAUGAGGUUGGAAGCUCUGUGAAGAGAAUUCAAGCUUUGAUUGAAGAACAACGGUCUCAAGCAUCUAACCCUUUAGAAUGAAAUGUUUCUUUCAGAUGCUACUAUCCGAGCACCGAAACGGUAGAAGCAGUCCCAGUUUUACGAGGAUUGGAGCCGAAUAAGCUGAAGAAAAUGUACUUCUAAUGACUAAGGUUUGUUCUAAACUCUCCUCUAUGGCUGAUGAGUUGAUGAGUAUCAAUUACCAUUAAUGAACUGAUUGAGGCUGAAGUUUUCUGCAAGAAAGGUUCAAGUUUUUAUUCUUGCUUGUAUAGAUAGAUGUAUUUGUACCCUUGAAAACCACCCUUAAAGUAUAUAUGAUAUACAUAUGGUUUUGAUUUUUUAUAGCUUAAAUCAAACGUUUAGUUCUUAAACUUUAA